GUAAUAAUCAGUAAUAAUUCUAUGAUGAAUACUUUACUUAAAAUUCAGUUGCUAAGAGGUAGUACAUAUAAAGAAAAAAUUGCUCGACCACAUUUGAAAGAUUUAUCGAAUUGCAUUAAUUUACCAGAUGCUUAUUUGUUAAAAGCUUGUGGUGUGAAUAGAUUCUUGUUUCACAAGCUUUUGAGAAUUUUAGAACCUGUCGUACCUAAAACACAGCGAUCAAAUGGUAUUCCAUUUACGUUAAAGUGGUUCACAUCAAAAGUCAAUCGGCAAAGAUUUUGGUCUUAAUAUUUCUCAAAAAUCAGUGAGCAGAAUUAUAAAAUAUGUUAUUGAAGGGCUUAACAUGGUCUUGAAUAACUGGAUUUGUUUCCCAAGUUCUGUUAUGCUUCGAGAUGAAAUCAAAGAGGGAUUUUAUAGAAGGUAUCACUUUCCUGAAACUAUUGGAUGUAUUAAUGGUACAUAUGUUGAGAUUGUUUGUCCAAGAGAUGAUGAAGAAGCUUUUUACGACAAAAAUGGUCAAUAUUCUAUUCAUGCGCAAAUUAUUUGUGAUGCUGAGCUUAGGAUAAUAGCAAUUUGCUGCAGAUUUGGAGGAGCUGCAAAUAAUGCUUAUAUAUGGAAUAGGAUGAAUAUAAAGACUUUUAUUGAAGAUAUAAAUAGACAAGGAGAAACUAGCUGGAUAGUUGGUGAGUUUAUUUAACUACUAGCUUUUACCUGCAGCUCCAUUCACAUUUAAUUAAAAGCCAACAAUUUUUUUUAUUACUGAAAUUAUUAACUAAAUGUUGCAGAAUGCUCUAUUGCAAUACUUCUCUAACCUAACUCUAAUUUUGUUGUCAAAGAGUUUACCUUGAUGGUGAUCCUAGUAUCUUUGUUUUUCAUUAUUUUCUUUAGCCUCCAGUAUUGCUUGUAAGUUUUUCCUAUAAGUCUGUUGAUUUUCUUUGUAGAUAUAUCUGUUGAUGAAAUUAUUUGACCUAGACAGAUGUAUUAAUUCCCAUAUGCAAUAGUAUUGUUGUUGACAUAUAUUGGGAGUCCAGAAGAUGGCCUGCCAGCUGGAAGUGAGGCUAUUGAGAUUUAAAAACAUCUUAAUUUCAAUAGAGAAGAUGGACAGGUGUUGCCACCUGCUUGGGAUCAUAUAAUUAAUAAAAUUAAAUCCAAACUCAAACACCACUGCAAGACUUCAAGAUACUAUAAGCUCAUUCUGCGUAGAUCGAACUAAAAAUUAAUAUUCUAAAACUGAAGGUAGCCAUGUUAACUAUGACAUCGGUACGUCAUACACCUCAGUCCCCCUGUGACUUGCUGUAAAGCACCCGAAACGUUGGGAAUUAAAAAGUUAAAUUAAACAUGAUAGAAUCCGUAAAACUUAGUUUCAUUUAAUGUGUAGUCUCUGCGUAAGUAUAAGAAAGCAUUAAAUGAAUAACAAUCAACAAUAACUAUGAACUUAGCUGUAUUUCAGCAGAAGUGUACAAAUGUGUGCUGCAGAAUUUGCUAUUAUUGCCUUGUGUCAACUUCUCAACUACCAUUAAGUUUAGAUUGCACUCAAUAUUCAGUUGAAGAAAAGAGUAAUUACUAGAUUAAGCAUCACCUUGACAGUGGUAUUACUGUUUUGUAAAUUAUUUUGAGAUCAUAAUAAUUAACAAUAUAAUAAAAUAUUUCUUCAACAGGUGAUUUUAAAUAUCCUCAAAGAGCAUGGUUGAUGACACCAAUCUUACAUGCAACUCAAGAUACACCAGAAUCACAAUAUAACCAUUUUCAUAGUCACACCAAGAGUUGUAUUGAAAAAUGUAUAAGCAGGUUGAAGGGACAAUGGCAAUGUCUCCAUAAAAGACCACUCCAUUAUACUCCUCAAAGAGCAGCAAAAAUCAUAAAUGCAUGUGCUGUACUUCAUAAUCUAUGCCUAAAAGCUGGUCUUCCGGAACCAACACCUUACAUAGAAAAAGAGUUUGCACCACUUAUUAGUGAAAUGACAGAGAUGUCAGAUGAUAAUAUUAAUGAUUUAUAUAUAGGCCUAGAAGUAAGAAGACAACUUGCAGAAAAAAUUUACUAUAGUGUGUAACAAUAGGAUACAAAAAAUAAAUGGUGGAAUCUCUAAUAAUAUUUAUAUGUAUAUAUUGAAUGAAUGCUUGGGAUAUGAGUCCCUAUACAAUUCAUAUAUAAUUACAAUGAAGGUUUGGUGAAAUAAUUGUGUUUGGGCUCAUGAAUAUUUUUGAUGUACAAAGGGCAUUGGAAUGCAUGCUGAGCACAACUAGUAAGAAAUAAAUCUGCAUUAUCGAAAUUCAAUAUUUUAUUAACAUAAUUUUAAUUUCAUAAAGUAAUUAGACAUUAAUGCAUCAAAAUUUGCAUCUGAGCUAACUGGCUGUAAGUGUCUCCUGGCAUUCUGUAAGCAAUGUUGCCAGCAAAAGUAUUAAGAACUUCUGCCUGUUCUCGCAGCCAUUCCACAUGCUGAAAAAAAUAAAAAACUUCAUAAAUUACAAUAUAAAAUGCAGAAUCAAUGUGCUAGUUAUAUUGCAAUCUUGUUAAACUGAAACUGAAAUAACAUUAUGUAGCAUUUGUCUUAAUGCAGUUGCAGUUGUAGCCUAGUGAAUAUAGCCAAAUCUUCCAUCUUUCAACCGGUUUGGAUGCACCAGCUUUCUGUUCAGUAGAACUGCUGAGUUCUAGGCUGAAGGGUAAUAAGAGCAAGUUUAAUUACGGGCUGUGAGGCGUACCAUCUGUGCUCAGGGAUGAUAAUACAUUCAAUUACUUCAAUAAAAUAAAAUGCUGACUUUGCUUACUCUCCAAAUUGAAGCAACGAAACAGGUAAAUUGGAACCAACAUAUAUGCACUCCCUAGCUCAUAAUCAUCAUCAUUUUUUUUUAUAAAAUGAGGGUGACAAACGAGCACACAGUCCACCUGAUAGUAAGUGGUUGCUGUGGCCCAUAGAUAUCUACAUCUAUCUUCAUAUGUGAAUUAAAAUGCAGAUGUGUUGUCAGCCGUGAGGACUAAGAUAGUAUGCCUCUUUUCCAGUAAAACAGGUCUCCGGUUCUUUACACUCACUAUACGAAACACAGCAGCAUUAAGCUGCUAUUUUACAAUGGUAUUCUGUGAAAGCGUGGUCCUUCCCCGGUCGAGCCGACCCAUUUGUGCUACAACUAGACUAUUAAUAUAGCUGCAGCAUGGCUCUGCCACGUAAAUCACAGCCCAACAAAAAUCAACUGCCGAACAUCGGUCUCCCCCACAUAAUUGCCUUGCAGGGGAGAUAUUUUUUUGCCUCCUCCAUAGAAAGCCUUGAAGGGGAGAUGUUUGCCAUGACUGGCAGACGGGUUGACAACAGUUUUUUUAUUAUUUGACGCUCACAGGAUUAUAUGGGAUAUUCUUACACUGCGACUACACAGUUUAAACGUUAAACUGAAUGCCUUUUAUCUACUGGUUUUAAAGGCGAUCAUGAAUCCCAGGUCAGGUAAAAAUAGUUUUUUGUUUUACUAUCUGUAAUCUGUAAUUUUAUAUCAUGUAAUUCUCAGUAGCAGCCCAGAGUCAGGAAGUUUUUUCACCCCCGUGGCUCGGAAAGCACUUAGUCAUUGGUCUUGGGCCUGAUUUCUCUUCGAGCGAGACGGAAAACCGUCCCAUUGGACUAUGAGAGUGAGGGAAUAGCGAGUUCUCCUGUGCUUGCCUCAAAUGCUUAGUUUUCGUUGAGAUUGACCGCCGUGAUCGGAAUUUGGUCUGGAGAAUAUUAUAUAGAGUUCAAACACCUAGUAACCCAUGAGCUGUUUUAUCAAUAUUGAGUUAAAAGUUAAAGGAUCUGACCUUGGUGGUUUGGUGGGGUGUGUUGUGGUCGUGCGCGGCGCGAAGGCGCUGGCGCUGUGCCAGCAGGAUGGUGCAGAGCGCGCGCAGCACGGCGGGCAGGCUGCGCAGCAGCUCGCCGCGCGCCGCCCGCGCCGCCGCCACGCGCGCCUCCAGCUCCGCGCCGCUCAGCGGCACCAGCUCGCAUUCGCGCAACGUCUGCACACCCAACACCAUCACCAUCACCAUCAAUUGAAUACAUUAGGGCAGGGACUCACAAAGUGUGCGCUGCGGCGCCCUGAUGCAUAAUAAAGAGCAAAGAGCGGCACCGUGAGGCGCUCCUGUUUACCAUUCUCCGGAAACUAAACUUGUGCACUCGCCGAUAAGUAUUUACGCUCGGAAACUGGUCCAAAAUGGAUAUCCAACUUUAAGUUCUUAAGCUCUAAGAAUUUGCAACAUCUUAUUAACAUCGUGGACAUUUAAAUUUUUGUGCCCAUGUACCUAGUAUCCCCUAUUUCGACUAGCUAGGGCGCCUAGACAAAAUACUAAACUGAAAUGGAUUUUGAUACGUAAAACUGAUACUAUUUUGUGUAUUAAACGACGAAACAAGCGUUCCGAUGUUGAUAUAACCCUCAAGUUAUUUUGUCCACUUAGGCCCUUUAAGAACUAGAGAGUCACCGACUUACCGUUGAGUCUAGCUGUCGUCAAAACCUCCCAAGAACUUCUCAAUGUAACGCAUAGGCAUAUUGUAAAGAAGAUUUUUAAACAUAUUAUUUUAAAGGAUAAUUUCUUAUUACCUGACACUAGCAAAUGUUUAACCAUACGAGCCCACAACCAAAGGGAUAAAGAAUAGAUUAGAAAACAAAUUUUAAUCAUUAUUUAUAAGACUAAAUUUAAUAAAAAUACUUAUGAAAGUCAUUUAUGACGGCUCCGUAGCGCAGUGACUUAGUAAUUAUGAGUUCCAGCACUGAAAGUCGCUGAUUCGAAUCCUACUUGGGACAAGACCUUGUAAAAAUAUGUAUGUAUGUAAAUAAUUAUUAUUGUGUGAUAAAAAGUAUGUUUUAAAAGAUAUUGUGAC